GGAGCCAACUCACAAACUCACUCGCCAGACGAGGCUGUGAACUCUACAUCGGUGGCUCAAAACAUUGCAAAAUUUGUUAACAAUAUAUUGCAUACAGGUGAGCCAGCAACACUCCCUCAUAAGUCAGAUUCAAUUUGUCUAACUGAUGGAAUUUCUCUUGCUGCUACCAUUCCUCAUAGGUUAAAGGCAAAAAUCUGGGAGAACCAAUUUAUUGAUCUCCGUCUAAUAAUGCAGCGGCAAGAGGAACCCAUCUCCCUAAAUAUUGCGGCAGGUUCCAUUACUGUCCAACAGAGUUCGUCAAAAAACAAAGUGCCAUUGUCCAUCCAGCAAUGGACAGACGCCUUUUUAAUAUUCAUGGCAGUGUAUAUUGAAAAACAUCAAGAUCAACCUUCUCAUCUUCUCAAGUACUGGGUUUUUUUUACAAGAGAAUUACAACAACAACAAAAAACAUUAGGGGAUAAAGUUUGGUACAUCUAUGAUGAAAGUUUUCGCCAACCCAAGGAAACCAAUCCUGAUAAUCUAUGGCAAAAACCAGUAGAAGAGUUAAGAGUUAAAGCUGCUACAAGCAUUAAUUUUCAAACACACCUGCAGCCCUUUCGUAAGAACACAGGCAAAAUGCCUGUCAAGUUCUACUUUGCAUUCAAUAAUGGGGUCCAGUGUACCCACAAACCAUGCCCAUGUGCACACUCGCGUCAAGCCUGUUUUGGGCAACACCCUAGGACAAACUGUAGGGUGGGUAACGAUGGAAGUCAGAUGCAGUAAAACGGUACAUACGAAGCUGGAGCCUUUUGUAUGUCAGUGUUUGGAUGCCGAGUUUAUUCAGUUCGUGGGAUAUGUAUAUUAGGUUACGGGCUUUAAAAUUAUAUGUUCCUUGCUAUAGGUCAGAUGAGGUCUGCUACAGGUUUAAAGGAACACCCUAGUUUGCUAACCCUAAUUCAUUAAUAGGGUAGGAUAUUAAAAUAAGUCAGAAUAUGUCUGCUACACAUAUUUAUCAUCUACUGUAUAGAUAUCCCCCCCCUCUCCCCAUAGAAUAGUAGGCCAGAUUAUGUCUGCUACCCAUAAUUUUAUAUGUAUUUUGUACACGGUAUGUCAGAUUAUGUCUGCUACCCAUCAUUUUAUAUGUAUUUUGUACACGGUAUGUCAGAUUAUGUCUGCUACCCAUCAUUUUAUAUGUAUUUUGUACACGGUAUGUCAGAUUAUGUCUGCUACCCAUCAUUUUAUAUGUAUUUUGUACAUGGUAUGUCAGAUUAUGUUUGCUACCCAUCAUUUUAUAUGUAUUUUGUACAUGGUAGGUCAUAUUAUGUCUGCUUCCCAUCAUUUUAUAUGUAUUUUGUACAUGGUAGGUCAUAUUAUGUCUGCUUCACAUUUUGCUUUCAUUUAUGCUGCUUUAUGUAAGAAUACUCUUAGGGUGUUGCUGGCCACUGCAUGUAUUUUCUUGCCAGUCAUUCCAACAGUUUAUUCAAGUACAGUACUUUUAGCAUGUUCAGAAUAUUUAGUACUAGCAUUAGCUACUCCAUGUAUUUUCUUACUAGUAUAUUACAUUUGUUUGUACAAAAUUGAUGACGGUCUCUUACAAUUCUCUUUUUAAAAAAAUCACCCGUUUUUCAUUUCUUUUGUCCCUUGGGUGGCGGAAAUCCAAUUGUCAUAGGGUUUUAUGACAAAAUUUUAAGGUGCCACCUUAUUUUUCUAUUUUAUUAUGUUUGUAUUUAACAAGAUUUAUGAAAAUUAGGGAGAUCCCAAUGUCAUUCUUGUUUAGGUUGUCUGAGUUGUAGUUUUGAUACUCGGGGAUCUCCCUAUUAUAGGGGUUGUAAAUAAGUUGUCAAAUUCUCCAAUCGUCAUUAAUAAAUGACAAUUUUCAACCAACAAUAUCUAUUCAAUUUCUUGGCAAUUAUUAAUUGCCAAGAAAAAUAACAAAGCUGCGGGACAUGAAAAAAAAAGUAUUUUAUAUUCUUAUAAAAAUGGAGAGCAUAAUGAAAUAUUAUUUUUCAAAUAAUAUGUUUUAUGUGAUCAUUUUUAAUACUUGGCUAAUUUGUCUAGUCAUGACUAUAUGCUGUACAUACAUGUAUCAUGUUAUAUAGUCUGUGUUAUGUAAUAAUCUUGUUUAGUUUCUUGAUCACAAGUGAAGGACAUGUAUUUAUUUUACAAGUUAUGUCAUCAGCAAUUAUAACCAAUCAUUUUAGCUGAUUCGGAGAUCUCCCUAUUAUAGGGGUUGUAAAUAAGUUGUCAACGUCUUCAAUCGUCAUUAACAAUUUUCAAUCAACAAUAUGUAUUCUGUUGUUAAUUGCCAAGAAAAAUAACAAAGCUCCGGACAUGAGAAAACCGGUUUUUUCGAAUAGUAUUUUAUAUUCUUAUAAAAAUGGAGAGCAUAAAUGCCAUUAUCAAAUACUAUUAGCUAUAGUGAGUUAAUAAACUGUAAAGACAAAUAUACUAUGAUAGGACUUGCCAAAUUUAUCAAGUUAGUACUGUCCAUAUUUUUGUGACAUUACCUUCCUGUUGUGUUUCAUUCAUUGUGUUCAACAUUGUUGUUGUUGAUUUUACCUAUUUUGUACUAUUAUGCUCCAUGUGAAGCCUUUAGUGAAAUCAAAAGUUUCAAAAAGUAUGUGAAUGAUUUCGAGAUGGAAUUUAUUAAAAACAUGCUGAAAGAAA